AUUAUAUAUUUGCCAUUCUGUGGGUAAAAAACAAGUUUCUGAUACAGUAUAGAUCAGUAGUUAUAUCAAACUUUUUCUCUACUAGGUGAUGCAAAUAUUUUAAUAGUUGAAUCGUGUAAUGGAGAGAACGACGAAGAAAAUGUCGGGAUUCACAAUAGAUUCUAUAAUGGGAAAACAAUCAGAAAAAGUGGAAAAACCUCAUCAAAAAGAACAACAUAUUAGACAUACUGAAACUGAGUUGCACGUGCGACAACGACAAGAACUGCUUGAAAUGUUAAAUGAAAGAAAAGAAACACUUGCGUCUGCUGAAGAAGCGAUGCUCCGUCACGAUACAUCUCACCCGUAUCAUACAGCAUCCCAAUCACUAAAACAUUUACAUGACGUUUUAUCUGCUGGUGCUACAGGGACUUAUUUAGCGCCUCGUGUUUGUCGUCAUCCAUUAUCAAAUUUGAAUUUACACUCACUUGGAGUACCACCACAGAUUCCUCAACCUUCACCCAUACAUCCAUUGGUCCUGAACUCGGGCAGACAUCUUCACCCGUGGGACAGAUACCCGGGCUAUUAUUAUCCACGGUACCCUGUAGCCGCAACACCAAGCUUUUUAUUCCAACCAUACAGAAAGCCAAAAAGAAUUCGUACAGCAUUUUCACCAUCACAACUUUUACAACUUGAAAAAUCUUUUGAAAAAAGUCACUAUGUAGUCGGACAAGAAAGGAAAGAUUUAGCUGCAGAACUUAACCUUACAGAAACACAGGUUAAAGUAUGGUUUCAAAACAGACGUACAAAGCAUAAAAGAGUGAGUUCUGAGGAAGGAGACGGCAUACAUUCUGCAGCCUCACCGUGUUCAGAUGAGGCACGGGAGAGUGACUGUGAUUUAAGUGAUUUUGAAGACGCUAAUCCAGACGUGAUGUGUCAUUCGUGAGACAAAGUAAUGAAAUUGUUAUGUGAUUCUGUGAUUGAAGUUGGACGGGUAUGAACUAUAUGAAAUGUGCAA